GCCACACUCUUGCUCAAACUCUACCCUCAUCUCCACGGAUCACUAUGAAUUGGUGCUUCCCUUCAGCUCUCAACCUCUCACCGACUCACCAUGCCGUCUCUCGGUCGGUCACUCUCUCGAUCAAUCUCUCCAGCCAGUCUCUGAGUUUCCUCUCCUCUAGUCCUCUGCCACACUUUUGCUCAAACUCUGCCCUCAUCUCCACGGACCUUCACAAUGAUUCCCUUCAGCUCUCAACCUCGCUGUCACUACAACCCCUGGCCCCUGCUGCCCUGCAACGCUCGCCGCUCACCUCCAGCUGAGCUCCAAGGCUACCGCUGGGUCAUCUCUGCCCACCUCUCACCGUGGCACCGUGUCGUCAGCCCAUCACUGCGAGUUAGCAAUGCUCCUUGCUCACCACCGCUCACCUCCAGCUUGUUUUAAAAGAGUGAUCUUGAUCAUCUUUGUUUGCUAUAUAGGAUUCUGUAAAAUUGCUUUUUUUUUUUUGGAAUUUUGAUUAACAAGCAGUGAAAUAAGUAAUAGUUUUAUUU